UGCAGAUAAUCUUGGCCUGUAUCUUCUUUGUCUAAGCAUCCCCCUAAUCUGUCCAUACUGGGCACAAAAUGUUUGUAACAGACAUUAUUCCUGCUUCGUGGAGCAGCACUACAGUGAACAGAGUGGAGUGUGUGAGUUCACUGAACGCUCCUCACUAAUAUGGCGCCAUCUGGUGGAACAAUAGGAAAGACGUCUUUAAGGACGACGACCUUCUUCAGACCUCACAGAGAGAUGAGAGGAGCAGCUAUGAGUUUAAGUGCAGCAGCCAGUGGAUUUGUUGUCUUCCUCCUCUCUGUGUCAGUGGUACAGGGUCAGGAUGGCUGGGCAGUGACUUACACUCCUACUGAGAUCUGUGCCUUAAGAGGAUCAACAGUGGACAUGAGAUGCACCUACACAUACCCAUCCAGGAUGAAUGGCCUGAAAACCACCGUUGAGGAAGUAACCUGGUUUGAUAAAAUGAACAGAAAUGAACCUGUUGAGGUGGAAACAGACCCACAGUAUUCAGGUCGUGUGGACCUUCAGUGUGGUGACAACGACUGCACUCUGAGAAUCACAGACCUGAGAGAGAGCGACUCAGCUGAGUACAAGUUCAGGUUCAAAUUAAGCCAACAUAAUGAGAGAUUUACUGGUUCACCUGGAGUCACUUUGUCUGUCACAGCACAUUUAGAUGUCCAGGUGAAGGUGAGCAGAUCAGGGGUCUCCCAGUCUUCUAACUGGGCAGAGCUGAAGUGUCACAGCAGAUGUCCUCGACCUGAACGUCUUCACUACAUCUGGUACAAGAAUGGACAGAAGAUUGAGGGACAAACAUCUCGUCUUUAUUCAGUGUCCUCUGGUCCUGCAGACAGCUUUUCCUGUGCUGUAGAAGGAUAUGAGGCCUUCCGCUCUCCUCCAGUGUUGGUACAGGGUCAGGAUGGCUGGGCAGUGACUUACACUCCUACUGAGAUCUGUGCCUUAAGAGGAUCAACAGUGGACAUGAGAUGCACCUACACAUACCCAUCCAGGAUGAAUGGCCUGAAACCCACCGUUGAGGAAACAACCUGGUUUGUUAAAAUGAACAGAAAUGAACCUUUGGAUCUGACAACAGACCCACAGUAUUCAGGUCGUUUGGAUGCUCAGUGUGGUGACAACAACUGCACUGUGAGAAUCACAGACCUGAGAGAGAGCGACUCAGCUGAGUACAAGUUCAUGUUCAAAUUAAGCCAACAUAAGAGACAUAUUGGUUCACCUGGAGUCACUUUGUCUGUCACAGCACAUUUAGAUGUCCAGGUGAAGGUGAGCAGAUCAGGGGUCUCCCAGUCUUCUAACUGGGUAGAGCUGAAGUGUCACAGCAGAUGUCCUCGACCUGAACGUCUUCACUACAUCUGGUACAAGAAUGGACAGAAGAUUGAGGGACAAACAUCUCGUCUUUAUUCAGUGUCCUCUGGUCCUGCAGACAGCUUUUCCUGUGCUGUAGAAGGAUAUGAGGCCUUCCGCUCUCCUCCAGUGUAUGGUCCAAAGCUUCCCUCUGUGUCAGUGAGUCCCUCUGCUGAGAUAGUGGAGGGCAGUUCAGUGACUCUGAGCUGCAGCAGUGAUGCUAACCCAGCAGCUAAUUACACCUGGUACAAAACUAAUGGAAAUGGAGUCAGUUUUAAAUCCCAGCUUGUCCUCAGGUCCAUCCAGUCCUCUGACUCUGGACAGUAUUACUGUACAGCUGAGAACGAGCUGGGGAGGACGACGUCUGAGUCCAUCUCUGUGGAUGUGAAAUAUGGUCCAAAGCUUCCCUCUGUGUCAGUGAGUCCCUCUGCUGAGAUAGUGGAGGGCAGUUCAGUGACUCUGAGCUGCAGCAGUGAUGCUAACCCAGCAGCUAAUUACACCUGGUACAAGGAGAAUGAAGACUCACCAAAAGCAUCAGGUCAGAACUUCACCAUCACUGACUUCAGAGCUGAACACAGUGGGAAUUAUUCCUGUGAAGCCCAGAACAUAAGAGGAAGUCAUAGGAACACCUUACGUCUGACUGUUGUGGCAGCAUCAGGUAUGUUGGCAGCUGCUGGAACAAUCCCUGUGGUUCUCCUGGCUGUCAUAUCCCUCUCUGUCUACCUGUGGAUCAGAAAGAAGAGGACGUCCAAUGAAUCUUCUGAGGCUGAAGAGAGACCAGACAACAGGGAACAGGAGGAGCAGGGUGAACUUCAGUACGCCAGCAUCCACUUCUCCAACAACCGGGCAGAUCCUACUCCACUCUACUCCAACCACAGUCCAGCUGGGCUUCCCAGACACAUGGAGCAGCAGGAAGUCAGUGAGUACGCUGCUGUCAGAUUUAACAGUGGCAGUACUGCCCCGAGAACCAGAGGUGAACAGAGUGGAGUGUGUGAGUUCACUGAACGCUCCUCACUAAUAUGGCGCCAUCUGGUGGAACAAUGUCUGUAACUGCAGUUGGACACAACGCAGAGUCUUCAGGAUCUCUUGGACCUCAGCAAGUUUAUUUAUGAAAGACAACAUGUGAAACUCUAACAGUAACUGUUACAACUUCAGUCAAUGUCUGCAACCCAGCAGAAAACACACAGAGAGGAAAAGAAAUGUAGAAAAUGACAAAUCAUAAAAGGUGACUGACUGUCUGUCCCCACUGCUGCAUGAAAGACAUGGAGGACCUUGGACAGCUCCAGGAUCAAAGUCCUGAUUCAGUAUCUGUGAUGUUACACUGUCCUCUAGUGGUGAAGUUUGUGUGUCACAGUCAGGCUUCAUCACUCUGAGUGCUCCCUCCACUGUCUGCUUUAAAGGCUCAGUCCACCCAAAUGACAAAGUACAAAUUCCAUGUGAUUCAUUUCCUGUCUUUAUUUUAAUCCCAGUUUAUAUGUUGCAGUGUGAUGUUAUAUUCUGCUUUUCAUCCUCCUUCAGUCAAUCAGCCUCAUGGUCCACAGGUCCAAUGCUCUCCUGUUCCUUCACUACACCUUUAGAGUUUGUAACACAGCGCAGCUUUGUUGUGAAGUGGGCGUUUACUGGCACUUGGCUCGUCAUGUAUGUUAAUAAUCUAAAGAGGAAGGAAACGAAGCCGCUCAACAGCCUCACAUCUGCCUUCUGCUUACUGACCGUAGAGGAAAGACGUCUUUAAGGACGACGACCUUCUUCAGACCUCACAGAGAGAUGAGAGGAGCAGCUAUGAGUUUAAGUGCAGCAGCCAGUGGAUUUGUUGUCUUCCUCCUCUCUGUGUCAGGUACUGUAUAUCUACAGUUACAUUCACUGCAUUCAAAGAGGGGAAUGUGGCAACAUGUGGGCUGAAGCUCACAUGUGGAAAUCAGUGGAUCAGAGUUGUGUGAAGGGAAAACUUCCCAGAAACACUUUGGAUCAUUUCUGUUUGAUUUUGUGUCAGUUGU